UUUUACAUUAAUUCAUUACUUCUUUAAUUCUAAUUAAAUGUUAAAUUAUCCUGCUAUGCUCCCAAUAUUUUUCAUAUGAGCAAUUUGAUGAUUGACACAAAAAUUGGAAACCGUCAUUGAGAGAUAGCGAGAGCGACGGUUUUUGAUUUCAUGGGAAAUUACUUUGAUCUUUGAAAGCUACUUCCUUUCGUCACAUCUCUCUAUAGUGUAUAUGUUUUUAUGAAUAUAAUGCUUAAUGCCUAAGCUAACGCAACGUAGUUAUAUUACAUGAAGUAACUGAAUUCAGAACUUGUGCAAUUCGAAGAGUACACGUAGGCAACCAAGAAAAUGUCGGUACUGUAAUCCAUUUUCCUUCCCACAACAAAAUUGUGAUUGUGGUUUACUCGUCCCUGUCGAGUGUCGAGUACAUAGGCCUUCCUCUCAAUGCGAAAUAAUUCAUUCGAUUCCGUUAACGAACUCACACGUAAACGCGCACGCAAUCUCGCUCUCACUCGCUCAGUGUCUCUCUCUCUUUGCAGAAAGAAGUAUUGAAUUUGAAAACCUAACCCUAAGCUCAAAGAAAAUCUUUUAAAGAAAUGGCGAUCGCUACGUUCUCCCCUUCUUUCUAUUGUUCUCGCACCGAGUCAGGUCGACUGACUCGCUUCUCUUUAGUUCAUUCUCACAAACUGCCGAGCCGAGUCCGCAUCGUCUCCCGUCUGAACUCAUCCAAUAACUCGGUCUCUCCGGCCGACCACAACAGCAACAACAACGACAGUGGCGACAGCAAUAGCGAAGAAUACGAACACCAUCACAGAGCCUUUUUGCGGAGUCGUCGGAAGGGGUCUCCGGUGUUCGUGAAGCUUCCGGAAGAUACGACGUGGGCAGGAGGAAUAUUGAAACGAAAAAAGGCCGUUACGCAGUCUUUUAAGGCGCUGGCGGCGGCCGGCGUAGAGGGCGUGGUGAUGGAGGUUUAUUGGGGAGUGGUGGAGAAGGAUCGUCCGAGGAUUUAUGACUGGGGAGGUUAUCUUGACUUAGUUGAUUUGGCUAGCAAAUGUGGUUUGAAAAUUAGAGCUCUCUUUGCCUUUCAUGGCACUGGCCCUGGCGACCGUAAUUGGAUUUCUCUUCCCAAAUGGGUGCUUGAAGAGAUUGAUAAAGAUCCAGAUUUAGCAUAUACUGACAGAUUUGGAAGAAGAAGCAUGGAAUAUAUUUCCCUGGGAUGUGAUUCUCUACCUGUUCUGCAGGGGCGAUCACCAAUCCAAGCUUAUACAGAUUUGAUGAGGAACUUUAGAGACACCUUCAGACCUUUUCUUGGUGUUAUUAUCACGGGAAUUCAAGUUGGCAUGGGUCCUGCUGGUGAACUAAGAUAUCCUUUGUCCCCUUCUCAGAAGCUAACACGCAGUUGGCGGACAUGUGAACUUGGAGAGUUUCAGUGCUAUGAUAAGUAUAUGCUUGCUUCUCUGAAUGCUUGUGCUCGAGGGAUUGGGAGGCGUGAAUGGGGAGAUGGAGGUCCUAUUGGUGCUGGCAAUCUGAUGCAAGAUCCUGAGAAAACUGAGUUUUUCAGAAGCCGUGACGGUUCUUGGAAUACAGAAUAUGGGAAUUUUUUCCUUGAGUGGUACUCAGGCAUGCUGCUUCUUCAUGGAGAAAGGUUAUGUAGGGAAGCCACAACCAUUUUUCGAGGUGCUAGAGUUGAUACAUCAGCAAAAGUUGGUGGAAUCCACUGGCAUUAUUGUACACAAUCUCAUCCCUCUGAGCUAACAGCUGGCUAUUACAAUACUUCAACCAGAGACGGAUACAUGCCAAUUGCUCGCAUGUUUGCUAGGUAUGGUUUUACCAUGUGUUGCUCGUGUUUUGAAAUGCGAGAUGUGUAUGAGAAACAUAUUAACCCUCACUCUAGCCCGGAGGGUUUUCUGAGGCAGCUCCUAUUGGCUGCAAGGAUCUGUGAGAUACCCCUUGAAGGUGAAAAUUUUGCAACUGAUUUAGACGAUGCAGCAUUUCAACAGAUGCUAAAGAUGUCAAAGUACUACUCAGAUGGUAUUCAAAAGCCAUCUUUCUCAUUUAACUUUGUGAGGAUGGAUAAAAGCAUGUUUGAGUACAAUAACUGGGUUCGUUUUACUCAUUUCGUGAGGCAAUUGUCUGAUGCCAGCAGUUUUCGAGCCAAGUUAGAUUUUAGAGGCGAUAUACGGCCAUCUUCCUCCGCCACAUCAGAUGCCACGAAAGUUGGAGUAGCUUUUGCAUAUGGUUAAUGGAGGAACAUACCAUUGAUUUGCUGUGUAUACCCUAUACAUGAUUCGAUGAUCUCGUAUCUAUUGUUUUGAAAUGUGUGGAAAUGCUGCCUCAUUGUUCUUUUCCCAUGUUCCAAGCCUUCUUUAGGGACAGUUUUAAAAGUGUAUGAUGAUAAAUUGCCUUCCUCUUAUUUUUUCAAAUGGUUGGCUCCCUUAUCUUGUACGUAUUUUCCACUUCAACCGUGGAGCACGAUGUCUUCUGUUUCAACUAAUACAUAAUUGUUGAUCCCUUUUUCAA